AUCCAAAUGUAUGCAGUAGUAGGUGAAUUGGACUAUCUAAAUUGUCCGUCUUGAGUGAGUGUGUGUGGGAAUGAGUGAGUUAGUGUCCCAGAACCGGGGUUGCACGAGUUAGGCUGGGUUGCGGCAGGAAGGGCAUCCGACGUAAAACGUGCCGGAUCGGCUUUGCGGAUCACUCCGCUGUGGCGACCCCUGCAGCGAGCAGGACGAAGGAGAGAAAGAGUUAGAUUCUGUCAUGGCCAUCUUUUUACAUUUUUUUCCUGUACUAUAAAAGCGAAUGAAGCAGAAGUUAUUUAACAGUGUCUGACUGGUGGCGCGUACUGCGCCUUUAGCUGUUAUGUUAAAACGGGUGAUUUCUGGGAAGCCCCUGAAGCUGCCUCAACCGAACCCUACCGAACUUACUUUCACUUUCACUUGUGGCAGGCGGCACCAGCAGUGAGAACGUGUCUGGUUAAUGACUCAUGGGACAAGAAUAAUACAUUUAAGACAGGAGGAGCCUCGGACUUGCGUGUUAGUACAAGGGCAGUUUAGGAACGGUUUAUGCUUUCUGUUUCUUAAAACAGCAUCAGUUUGCUAACGGUGGGCUAAACCGUCUUAUUUUCUCCACGUGCUUUUCACUAAGACAAUAUUUUAUCUAUAAUAACAUUUUGUCUUUAUUUUUUAUAUUUCUAUGUGUAAUUAUGAAAUUACGAAAACGGUUUUGUUGUGCAUUGUUGUUGUUUUCUUUUGCAGAGUCAUGGCGUGUGGCGGGCUUAUGUCCGCACCGGCGUGUCUCAUUGAAAACGAUGAAAAAGGGAAGCUGCAUGUGAAGAAAGAGGCCAAGGACAUUCUGGAUGGGAUAAAUCAGCCAGUGGUGGUGGUGUCUGUGGUGGGACUCUACCGUACGGGAAAGUCCUACAUUAUGAACCGCCUGGCAGGACAACAGUCCGGCUUUGCUCUCGGCAGCACUAUUGAAUCAAAGACUAAAGGCAUCUGGAUGUGGUGUGUCCCUCACCCCAAAAAAGAAGGACAUACUCUGGUGCUGUUGGACACAGAAGGACUUGGUGACGUGGAGAAGGGGGAUGCUAAACAUGACACAUGGAUCUUCUGUCUGGCAGUUCUUCUCAGCAGCACUCUAGUGUACAACAGUUUAGGAGUCAUCGACAACACGGCACUGGAAAAGCUGCACUAUGUUACAGAGCUAACGGAGAACAUUCGUGUGAAAGCUGAAGGGGGUCAAGAUGAGAAAGAGUCGGAAGAUUUCAUGCGAGUUUUUCCAUCGUUUGUCUGGGCUGUGCGUGAUUUUACUUUGGAACUGAAAAGGGGAGAUAAACUGAUAACAUCAGACGAGUAUCUGGAGGGCGCACUGAAACUCAAAACAGGUACCUCACAUCAGACUGAGCAGUACAACCUGCCCCGGCGUUGUCUGCGGCAUUUCUUUGCGGUGAGGAAGUGCUUUGUGUUCCCUCGGCCUGCUAGUACACAAAACAUGAGGAGAAUGGAGCAGCUGACCGAGAAGGAACUGGAUUCAGAGUUCCUUGAGCAGGCAAACACCUUCUGCAGUUAUGUCUACAGCAAUUCAGAGCCAAAAACCGUUACCGGAGGCCGUACAGUUACUGGGACAGCUCUGGGUAAUCUUGCUGAGGUUUACGUAGAGGCAAUCCGCAGCGGGAAUGUUCCGUGUCUGGAGAAUGCAGUUCUAUCUCUGGCUAAGAUCCAGAAUGUCCGUGCAGUGGAGGAGGCUCUUCAGGUCUUCAUGAGUGAGAUGCUCAACAUGGCUGAACUUCCAAUGCACCCAGAGAAGCUGUCUGACAUCCACAAAAUUGCAGAGAAGAAGGCCAUUGAAGUUUUCAUCACCAUGUCCUUCAAUGACAAUGAUCAGAUCUACCAAAAAGAGCUCAUGGGGAAGAUUCAUAAUGAAUAUCAAGAUAUGUGCCAGCAGAAUCUUGAAGCAUCUCGCAUACAGUGUGAAGAGGUUCGCCGUGAUGUUUUUGAUAAGAUGGAAAAAAGCAUUUCUAAUGGUUUAUACUUCAAACCUGGAGGAUACCGACAGUACAGAGACACGCUCGCACAGCUGACCAGUGACUACAGAACACGAACACGUUCACAAAUAAUGAGUGAGGAAGUUUUAAGUAUAUAUUUAAGAGAAAAGGAAGAUAUUGGAAAUAUGAUUCUACAAGCUGACGAAUCUCUCAGCGCAGCGGAACAGGAAAGCGAAGUGCAAAGACUGAAGAACGAGAUUCUGAAGCAGCGGCAAAAGGGUCUAGAGGAACAGAACCGGUUACAGGAGCAGGCGUUUAAAGACAUGCAGAGAUCUCAUGAUGAGCAUGUGAAUCAGAUCAUUAGUCAGAUGGAAAGAGAGCAGGAAAGAACCAGGAGAGACAAUGAACGAGUCCUGGACGCAAAACUAAAGGAAAAGGAAGCUCUUCUAGAGCAGGGCUUCCAGCAGGAGGCUGCCCGGAUGCAGAGAGAAAUUGACAGUCUGAAAGGAGAUAUGAAUAAACAGGAAACAUCCCAACGCUCAACAACAAGCAAGGUUUUGGAUUGUGUCGGCACUGCUGCGUCUUUGCUUUUGCCAGGUUUUGUUCCUAAAGCAAUUGGUUUUGGUGUGUCUUUACUUUCAAAACUGUUUUGAAUAUAUAUUUACAGAUGCUGGUCUUGCAGGUGCCAUAUUAACUGACAAGCAAGCACCAACAUUUGUUAUGAACUAUGAUCAAUGCUAUUACUAGAGUGACUGCCUUCUUUAAUGUAGUGUUAAAAUGAUUCACAAAAUCUGUGAAUCCUAAUGUUUUACAUUUGACAUUGAACAAUAGUGUGAUACUUUCUUUUCGUUUAAAGGUUUAGCUAACGGACCAAAUGUUCUCAAACUGAAUUUGAGUGUUUUGACUUGUUUGUUUUUGAUUGUAAUCAGAUGGAAGAAUCUCUGUGCUGUUUAUGUUGACAUCCCUAUGGGCUAAAUGUGGUGACUCCAGUUUUCUGUGAAAUAUAAUAAAUGUUUCUUUUGAUGUG